AUGCCGUCCGCCGCGGCCCGACGAUUGUACGAAGAUCAAAUACCAACGUUUAUGUCAGUAUUUGAUCUGGACGCCGAAACGAUAGCAGACGGAGAGACCGUAACACUGCUUGACCCCAAAUUGGUCGACAUGGCUUCCAAGCCCUCGGCAUAUGCUGACCCAAGCCAACAAACCGGGCUUGAGCAAACAGGACUUCACUCGGAUCCUACACACAGGCAUCAUGACAGCACUUCAACCCAAAUGUCAGAGUCGACUGAUUCAUCCCCCACAACGACAUUGUCAACCACCGACUCUUCUCCGUUGUCAGAUCCUUCGCCAUCGUCAUCACCUGACUCGCCAAUCAAUCUGAUCCCACUAAGCGACUACCCAUCAACAACGUUUGCCUGUCACUCAACAAUAUCUCAGAGCAACAUGCUUAGCAUUCCCGAAUCUCAUACUCUGGGCCGACCCAUGACAUCUCCUGCUCCUCGGAAGCCUAGAAACAUGAAGGGCUUAUCUAUCCAGCCGCCAUUGACAAUAAGUACCACGUCGAAAUAUGUUGCGACAGAGCCGUCAUCGCCGUCAUUUAUUAAGCCAAAGAUUCCUGCAAUGAAACGAAAACCAAGUCAGCUCAGCCUAAAGACGGGCGCUUCAGAUUUGGUUAAAAAGACAUCACUGGAGGUGCCGGCAUCUCCUUCAAUGCCUCCAAUUCUGCAGCGCCGUGCUCUCAAACACUCUACCUCAUCACCUCACAUGUUUGCCGCCAUGAAGUCGUCCACCUUUGGACCUCCGGGUGGAAUGACGUUCCCCAAGGUCCUGGAGCGAAAUGAGUCCGGUCUUUCGGAAGUCUUACGUCCCAUGAAGCAAAAAUCUGCCAUGGACUUGGACGAAUUAAUAGUUGAGGAGGACUCUCCCAUCAGGACCCAGCUGGCAAAUCGAAGCGAGUACGAACCAUUCCACGAAGGUGUGAAUAACGAGGACCAAAAGUCACCCGGAUAUCCUGACGGCCCGAUAGCCAUUUAUGGCGACAAUGUUUACUUGUACCUCGAGCCCACAGCCGAGGAAGCUUCGCGGUUUGAUGUUGUGAUCAAUGUCGCCAGGGAGGUUCGAAAUCCGUUCCAAGCAAUCGAGAGAUCGUCACCUGGGCCUGCCGACUCAAGCCCCAUACCUGACACAGCAAUAACAAUGGCCAGCUUUGCGACAGCUUUUGAAUACCAGCCAACAGAAGACUCGUCCAUUGAUACGCCUACCACCCCAAAGGCAAAUCCCCUACAUGUGCCAGAGUACAUCCAUAUUCCAUGGGAUCACAACACCGACAUAGCCCCGGAUCUAAUGCACCUUUGCGAGACGAUUGAGAAUCGAACGAAAAACGGCAAGAAGGUUCUGGUUCAUUGUCAGCAGGGAGCUAGUCGGUCGGCAAGUCUAAUCAUAGCCUACGGCUUGUAUCAGUCUCCAGAAUUGAGUGUCAAUGAUGCAUACUACUCAGCUCAGGCGAAGAGCCGCUGGAUCAGCCCAAACAUGAAGCUCAUGUACUCACUGCAAGAUUUUCAUAAAGACCUGGCCAAGAAGAGGGCACCGUCGUCAUCAACGUAUAGACCACGGACUGGACGGAGUCCAACAAAACACCGAUUGACUCUUUCUGCUGAUGCCAUCGAAAUUGCUCCCAGGGAACCCCACACCGCUCCUCUACCGGGGGAAGAGUGUGUUUUGGAUGCAGCGGAUUCUGACAACUUACCUGGGCCUCGCAGCACAUCCACGCCUGGCACGCAAUCAGUCUCCCCAGGCCCGGCAUCGGCACCAUUAAGCUACUCGUGGAAGAACAAUGGCGAGGAGAGCAAUGCUGAACCGAUCCCACCGAUACCCAGCCAAGCAUUUCAACCUUCCCUGCCCUCUUUGCAACCCUUACCAGUCUUGCCAACGGUGGAGGUGAUAGCUCCUCGGUUUGAUGCCCCAAUCCUCAUGAAACCAGAAGAUCUCCCUCAGCGUCCCAAAACUGGCCUGGAUCGACCAGUAUCCAGGUCCGGAAUGCCAAGUCAGCCAUCGACUAUACUUGGCCUGCGGUCUUUUGAGUCCCCGGCGGCCUUUUCCAGCUUCCCUUUGCGAAAGUUCCAAAAGCUUUCCCCGCGAGAACCAGAUGAUGGCAUGCUCGCAGAACGGACAGUCACUGUGAACAGAUCGUAUCCGGAUGAGUCGGCCUUGCUCUCGCCUAGAGCCGAGACGAUGACCACAAACCCCGUACGCGACGUCCCUGAAGUUGCCGGCAUGCGGUUUGUUGAGUCACCUCCGACGCCAACAGAAGGCUUAUUCUCACCAAGGGAGUCGUCUUUCCCACCCGAUCCGUUUUCAUUUUUUGGCCGGAUAAUGGGGUUUGGUCGACCAGCGCAAGCAGCUGACCCGCGGAGUCCGCCAACAAGAGGGGAAGCACCGAUCAUUCGCUCUAUUGACGAGCUUUUGUAA